CAUUGGACUCGAGGUUUUACUCCAUCCAGGUAUACACAACCAAAGAACUGCGAGUGACGCAAAUAUCUUACAACUCUGGUGUUGGUUUCAACCAUUAGAGCAGUAGAACUUGUUGCGACUGAAUGGUCCGCUAGCUGUAGACGGGGGCCGAACGCGUUAGCAUGAUAUAUCUUAAGACUUUCAGUUUUUUUUACUCCCAGAAUAUUUUAUUUGUCGUGUUACUUACCGAAGUAUUCAGUGUACCACAUCAAGCAGAACCAAGAAAAAUUACUUAUUCCUCGUCUGAAAAUGGAUAUAACUUCACCGGCUUGUCCUAUCCUGCUGAAAUUGCGUCCUUACAGCAAGAAAAUUCGCAAGUUGACUUAAAUCAAACUCUGUUGGCAACAGCUAUGUGGCAUCCAAAUAAUACUGUCUGCUACGAAGAUCUGGGAUGUAUUACUCGCUUCUCGUUUGCCGACCCAAUUUUGUGGCCAAUUAAUUUAUUGCCUGAUCCGCGGGAAAAGAUUAAUACGCAUUUCACCCUGUACACCAGAGAACAACCAUAUGAUGCAGCACAUUUCGUUCGAAUAUCCGCUAAAAACCCAAAUGGAAUAAUGGCGACUUCUUUCAAAGUCAAUCGCCUAACGAAAUUUUACAUCCAUGGAUGGCAAUCUACCGGGUACCAAGGCCGUCACAAAACCUUUGUAGAAAGAUUGCUAGCAAACAAUGAUGCCAAUGUCAUUAUUGUUCAUUGGGGAGGAGGAGCGAACACAAAUUACGAUCACGCCCACGCUAACAUUCGUCUCGUUGGCUUGGAAGUCGCAUUUCUUGUCAACACUAUGAUUGUUGAAUUAGGAGUCAAGGCUUCAGAUGUUCAUUUGAUUGGACAUAGCCUGGGAGCGCACACAGCAGGUUACGCCGGAGAAAAAAUAUUUCAGCUGGGCCGGAUCACAGGUUUAGAUCCUGCCGGACCGUAUUUUCGCGGAAUGCCCUCCUUUGCUUGUUUGGAUCCUUCGGACGCUCUUUUUGUUGAAGCGGUUCACACUGAUGGUGGUUUCUUAGGUAUUUAUCGCCCUGUGGGUCACCUAGAUUUCUAUCCUAAUGGUGGUUUAAUUCAGCCCGGCUGUGAUCCUUCCAACUUGCCAACAAACAGCGACGAGUCAGUGAUCACUUGUAGUCAUGCGCGGUCCAUUCACUUGUACAGCGAAUCGUUUCUAUCUGACGACAGCUGCCAGAGCAUAGGAUAUGAGUGCUCCGAUUACGAAUCCUUCAACAAAGGUCAUUGCACAUCUUGCGGAUCAGACAACACUCAGUGCGCUCCUUUUGGUUUGCAAGCCAAUACUUUCCCGAUCGGCGACAGGAUAAACGUCAAAAUUUUCUUUAAUACCGGACCCGACUUCCCAUUCUGUAGAUACCACUACGCAGUCAACAUCAAUUUGGCUAAACCACAGGAAGCUAAGGAUCACAUCAAAGGGAAACUUCGAUUAUCUGUUACUGGAGAUCGAGACAUCUUGCUAAACAUUAAACUUCCGCUGACGUAUUUAAAACAUGGAGGAGAUAACACAUUUCUCUUAACUGUCCCAACUAACGUGGGUCGAGUCGAAAAAGUCAAUCUUCGUUGGAAGUACGCGAUGACGGAUUUGCUGGAUUGGCUGGAUGGGACGUGUUCUUUAGGGUUUUGUAAUAAAAGACUCUACGUUAACAGCGUUACGAUUUCGGAACUGAACAACUACCCUGAAGAGAAAAGAAUCGCCAACACUUUCAAGAACUGUCCGCAAUUUGUGCCCGGCGUCAUCAGAAAUCACUGGAAUUUGGAUUUCACCACCGGAAAUAGUUGCGUGAAAACAAUUCAGCCACUUUUUUCAUGGUUUCCACUAUCGUGGUUUACUCAUCAGUUAGACUCUAGCACAAUUACAUCUCACUAAUUUAAAAAUGUCUUACUUAAAAUAGACUGAUGUGACUAUAGUUAGUAGCAAGCCUUUUUUCUAAUAGAAACGAAGGGUUUUUACGUUGGAUCGAGUUAUACGAUUUUUGCUGGUGUUAUACAAUGGGCAAACGAUGGCCAUG